AGCAUCCACACCAUGAACAAACUAUAUCUGGCUAUUACUACCAUCCUCGUUCUUGCCAGCUAUGCCCAUGCUGGCCCAGUGGGCUACGGAAUCUGUCAGGCCGGUUGCGCAGCUGUUGUGAUGGCUUGUUAUUCAGCGGCAGGCUAUACCUGGGGAGCCACACUCGGUGCUACAGCACCAGCCUCGAUAGUGGCCUGCAACACGGCUUUCGGAACGUGUUGUGCCCACUGCGCCGCCACGCUCUUGAUACCAACCCUUUGAUUGUCAGUAAUUUAAUUACGUGAAGGCAAAAUCGGUAAUUGGGAGACUGUGAACC